UGUACUAGUACUAUAACAUACUCUUCAAUAAUACUGACAACUAGUUGUACUAACUAUUGAAAUACUUAAUUUUAAUUUCGAAUACGUUCAUACGGACUGAUAGAUUAGAAGGAAAUCAUUUAUUUAAAACAAUGGAGUAUGAAAAAAUGUUAACCAAGGGCGCAUUAAAGUCCAUCAUGAACAAUGAAGAUGUUAAAGAUCCAGUCAUGCAAGUUCUCGGUGUAAGGAAAAUUACUGCUGCAGGAGCAAAUGAAAGAUAUCGCUUACUUAUUUCUGAUGGUCAUAAUUUAAAUUCUUUUGCGAUGUUGGCUACUCAGUUGAAUGGCAUGGUUUCUUCUGGAGAAAUUAAUGAAUUUUCCAUUCUCAAAAUAAAACGUCACAUAAUCAGUAGUUUGACUGACCGUUCAAAAGGAAGCAAACAAGUCAUGAUUCUUAUAGAUUUGGCUGUUAUGGUUGCUGGUGAUGUAGUGGGUUCAAAAAUUGGCGAUCCUAAACCAAUAAUUGAUAAUUCUGGUCAAAUGGUUGAAAAUGGUGGUUCUGCUUCAGUUGAUUCUAAACCCCAGUCUAAUUCUUUGGCAAAACCACAUUCUGUUCAAUCAAGUGUUAUAGAUAAUGGUCUUCAAAGAGAUAUUGAUGUUAGCAAUAUUCAUCCUAUUAAUUCUCUAAGCCCAUAUCAAAAUAAAUGGACAAUCAGAGCUAGAGUUGUAAACAAAGCUCCAGUUCGUACUUGGAAUAAUCAAAGAGGCGAAGGUAAACUUUUUAGCAUGGAUCUACUUGAUGAGAGUGGUGAGAUUCGUGCAACUGCUUUUAAUAGCGAAUGUGAUAAAUUUUUUGAUAUGAUUGAAGUAAACAAAGUUUACUUUAUAACUCGCGGUGCAAUUAAAACGGCAAAUAAAAAGUUUUCAAACCUGAAUAAUGAUUACGAGCUUACACUAUCUAGUGAAACGCAAAUAUUUCCAUGUCACGAGUUUGAUGAUUCUCAAUUGCCAGCUCUGAAGUUUAAUUUUGUUCCAUUGAGUCAAGUGAAAGACGUUGAUGUUGAUGGUAUAGUAGAUGUCAUAGGAGUUUGUCAUACUGUGGGAGAAUUAACUAUGUUAAUGUCAAAGACAACUAGAAAGGAAUUAAAAAAAAGAGAUGUGACUAUAGUCGACCAGUCUCAGAGUUCUGUAACAAUUACAUUGUGGGAUACUCAGGCAGAAGAUUUUGACGGAUCAUUGCAACCUGUAAUUGCUAUAAAAGGAAGCAGAAUCAGAGAAUUCAUGGGUAGCAAAUCAUUGUCCCUUUUAGGAUCAACUGUAAUGCAAAUAAAUCCAGACAUAGAAGAAGCCCAUCGCUUACGAGGUUGGUAUGAUUCACUUCCUUCAAAUUCAGAAUUCAAUAAUAUUUCAACCCGUUCUGAUGUUGGAGCUAAUUCUCAGUUUCUUACUAUUAAAGGAGCACAACUUGCUCAACUUGGUAGUGGGGAUAAAGCUGAUUAUUAUAAUAUGUAUUCACAUUUGAUUUUUGUAAAAUCCGAAUCUGCCUUGUAUAAAGCGUGUCCAAAACCUGAUUGUCAAAAAAAAGUUAUAGAUCGAAAUGAUGGAACAUACCGUUGUGAAAAGUGUAAUGAUGAAACGGAAAAUUUUAAGUAUAGAUUAAUGCUCUCAGCACAAUUGAGUGACUCAACUGGAAACCAGUGGGUAACUAUGUUUCAGGAAACUGCUGAAAAUCUUUUAGGAACUACUAGUGCAGAAUUGGGAAGGUUGAUGGAAGAGUCUAAGGAAGAAUACAGUGAUGUUUUUCAAAAACAAAUGUUUAAAUUGUUUGAGAUUAGAGCCAGAGCAAAAAUGGAGACAUAUAACAAUGAAACUAGGUUAAAAGUAUCUUUAGUCAAUAUCAAACCAAUUGAUUAUAAGGCAGCUUCUACAAAACUGAUUGCUAAUAUUAAAAGAUUGAGUGGAAUUACAACCUCGGUUAUGUAAAAACUAAUUAUUAUGGUUUUUUUUUUUUUUUUUAUAUAUACAUAUAGUUAAUAA